UGUUGGAGCAUCAGUGGAUUCACACUGUGAAGACACAGGGGGUGAAAACCAUUUCUUUAAAGAAAGAAUACCCAUUUUUUUUUUUGUUUUUUACUCCUAUGUCAAAUUCCUUUGAGGAGACAUUUGGGUGAAUCAGCCUGGGAGACUUUUUACCCACACUGCACUCUGAUGAGAGCGAGUGUGGACAUGGACGUGUGAAGGCAACGUGAGGGGACACGCUGCUGCUGCUGCUGCUGUGAAGGGCUGAGAAAAGAAGAAGAAGAAAAAUGAACACACAGGAAGGAGGAAGUGAUGUGCGAUAGCUCCACUUUGUCUCUAUGUGUCAGUGUGUAUUAAUGCCUGUGCAUGUGUGUGUGUGUCUGUGUGUGUGUGUGUGUGUGCGUGUGUGUGUGUGCAUUCCAGUGGGGUGUAUGCAUGAAAUGAGCCACUGACCUGAGCUACAAGUUCAAUACAAUGUCUCUGAAACUACCUCGCAACUGGGACUUCAGCACCCUCAAGGCUGAGACGAGUCGCAUAGCGCGCUCCAGGAGUGUGAUGCCUGGAGAGGGAGGCUCCAGCCCCGGCUCGCCGCGCUCCUCCAGGUCCAUGGAGCGGCCCCUGAAGGCCGGCUGGCUCAAGAAGCAACAGAGGUCCCUGGUGAAGAACUGGCAGCAGCGUUACUUUGUGCUGAGGGGAAGCACGCUGACCUACUACAAAGAUGACAGGGAGAAUACUGUCCAGGGAAUCAUCCAGCUACGACACACCAAAGUUAACGAACUCCCUCCAAACUCUGACGACCCCGGAAAGUACCUCUUUGAGAUCAUUCCACGUUCGACUGUUGACAGAGUGCGCUGUCCAUAUGUGUUCAUGGCAAACUCCCAGAGUGACAUGGAGGAGUGGGUCCGGGCUCUGCGCAGAGUCGUCGGAGUACAGACGAGUGGAGUGUUUGAAAAGAGUCUCAUCGACACGGUGACGUAUGAGCAGCGCUUCGGGCCUCGCAUGGUGCCGAUCUUGGUGCAGAAGUGUGUGGAGUUCAUUAAAGAACACGGGCUGGAUGAAGAGGGCAUCUUCCGCCUGCCUGGACAGGACAACGCCGUUAAACAGUUCAGAGACGCCUUUGACGCUGGAGAGAGGCCGUCCUUCCCCAGUGACACAGAUGUCCACACAGUGGCGUCACUGCUCAAGCUGUACCUGCGGGAGCUGCCAGAGCCUGUGAUUCCCUGGACUCAGUACCAAGACUUCCUGGACUGUACCAACCUGCUGGACUGCAGCAGCACAGGGGGUUGGGACAUGUUGGAGAAACAAAUCUCACUUCUCCCCAGAAUCAACUACAACCUUCUCAGCUACGUGUGUCGGUUUCUGUUUGAGGUGCAGCAGCACUCCAAGGUGAAUAAGAUGAACGUGGAGAACUUGGCCACAGUGAUGGGGAUCAACCUGCUCAAACCUCAGAUAGAAGAUCCCAUCACUGUGAUGAAGGGUGAGAACACAAGUCAUAUUAUAUUAUGUCGUCCAAAAUGUGACAAAAAAGUCAUAGCCCCACCCAGGCUUGCCACCUUGAGAGACUCCCCAGACAGUGUGGUGUCCUUCCGCUUCCAGUGCACCAUCAUCACUCAGGACCUCAAACCUCCCAUUCAGACCCCUGCUGUCAGGCAAGCUGAGGAGCUUGGGACAGUUAAGAAAGAGCGGCUCUGUUCUUCUACCAACUGA